GCCCCGCCCCUUCCCAUGAUGCCCCGCGUCCUAUUUAAGCGCGCGGGCGGCGGCGUUUCGUCCAUUUUGUCCGCGCAGCCGCGGGGAGCUGGCUCAGCCCCCGCCAUGGAGCCGCUGUCGCCGCCGCCGGCCCCCGAUGAGGAAACCCCUCCGCGUCUGACCCCCCCCCGGCCACCAGGACCUGCCCAAGGUCGAACCCACUGGUGCUGGCGGGGGGAGGGGAGGAGGAUGCUGCGUCCCGAUGGACGGUCUGAGGGGGCCGGGGUGGGGGUGGAGGGGGAGGGUUGGUUUUGGGGUGUCCCCCCCCACUUUGUGAUGACCCCAAUUGAAUCUCGUUCGGCUGAACCCGCUGCUGAGAAGCAACCACUGACUCUGGGGGAGGGGGUAAAGGGAUGCAGCCCCUCCCCCACCCCCUGAGCACCCCCCCUGACCUCCCC